AUGGCCAAACUACGCGAAGCGAGGCUAACCGGAGCCAGUGUGGCUAAUUUUGCCGACGAAGCUGACAUGGAUGACUCGCGUAUCUAUGACGAAGUCGAUGAAGAAAGUUACCGUAAGCAUAAACGAAAUCAAUUGAUGAACGAUGACUUCAUUGUUGAUGACGAUGGUGAAGGAUACGUUGACAAUGGUGUGGACGAAUGGGAUGACAGCACACGUCCCCAAUAUUAUAGUGACGAAGAAAACGGUGUUGAUAAUGAUACAUCGAAAAGAAGUAAAGCCAGAAAGCAUAAGCCUACUAAAGUAAAAGAAACAGCUCAAAUUUCUAAUUUCUUCAGUUCCAUGCCAUCCAAAACUUCUCGAGUUGAGAAGUCAAAACCUAAAAUGGAUGUUGCUAUAGAUGAUAUCCUUGAUGAUUUCCUGGUAGUAAAGACGAAGAAAUCUGUUGCACAAGCAACUCUUUUCCUGCUGGCACCACAAGGAACUAAAAAACAUAAACUAGCUACUACAUUCUCCUCUUCUUCGAAGAAGCCUAGAAAGAAGUAUUUUUCAGAUGAUUUUGAUAUGGAGGAAGGAAACGGUUCCUCUUCUAUUGCUGAGAUGAUCGACACCCAACCAAGUUCACCUGUUAAAGUUGAGUCUUCUCCCUUAAAGGCAGGUAAAGAAAAUAUAAGCCCAGAUCAUGAAAAAUCCACCAUCCCAUUGGAUGACAAUAAUAACUUUGAUGACGAAGAUGAUGUCAGUUCCAGUGAAGAUGAAAUUGUGGUCACAAGGAAACCAAGGGCUUCAGGGGCUGUUAGAAAAACACUGGGUGUUGUCUCUUCUGUUAAGCUUACACCAUCAGCUGCCUCAAUUAUGUCUUCCCCGUCACAAUUCUCAGUAGUUAACAAUACGGAAAAGGUGGAAGAAAAGCUUAUUCAUGAUGAAGAAUCCGAUUCAUUUAAGAUGUUCUGGUUAGAUUAUGCAGAGGUUGAUCAUACCUUACUUUUGUUCGGUAAAGUAUUAACUAAAGGCGGGAAACUUAUUUCUGGUAUGGUUCAAGUCAAUGGUAUGAAUAAAGAGAUUUAUUUACUUCCAAGAGAAACUCGCCUAGUCGAUGGAGAAGCAACAGAUGAGCCAGUUACUCCAUUAGAUGUUCACAAUGAAAUAGAUGGUCUUUUCAGAGACACUUGGGGUUUAGACAGAUUGCUUUCCAAACCAGAAACAAAAUCAUAUGCAUUUGAGUUACCACAGAUCCCUAAAGAAACUCAAUAUUUGAAGGUAUUCAUACCCUUUAGACCACCAAAGCAAAGAAAUUUUGUUUUACCUGCCGAUAUUGAAGGUGAAACGUUUAGUCAUGCUUUCGGUACUAAUGCUAAUUUGUUUGAAUCAUUUGUGAUACAGCGUAAGAUCAUGGGUCCUUGUUGGUUACAGAUUUCUGGAGGUGACUUUGAAUCGAUAAAGAAUUCCAGUCAUUGUCAAGUAGAAGUUUCCAUCGAAUCACCUAAACACAUUUCGCCAGCUCAGGAUCCUCCACCAGCACCAUGCUUAAAUGUUUCUUCUAUUGCUGUUCAAACGGUCUUAAAUAAUUCAUCCAACUCUCAAGAAGUUGUUGCUGUUUCCUUUGCUACUUACAAUAAUGUACCCCUCGAUGCCCCAAUUGAUGAGGACUUGAAACCCGAUGAAAAAAUUACUUUAGCAAGACCCGUUGGAUCUAUUGCUGCACCUCCUGGGUUACAGCAAUUGGCUGAAAAGCAGAAUGUUAAUCUUAGACUCCUUCCUAAUGAACGACUGCUUUUAAAUUGUUUAGCAGCCCUUGUGAAACGAGCAGAUCCUGAUGUUUUUAUUGGACAUCGAUUAGAGAAUUUUGCCCUUGAUGUUCUUGUUCAUCGAAUGUAUGAUUUAAAAGUUGGAUCUUGGUCAGUUUUCGGGCGUCGAUUGAGAAAGGCAUGGCCAGAUCGUUUUGGUAGAGCAACUGGGUUUAAUAAUAGUUUACAAAUUCGAGAAAUCUUCCAAGGAAGAUUACUCUGUGAUAUUGCAAAUGAAAUGGGUCAAUCAUUGACUCCUAAAUGUCAAUCUUGGGAUUUAGUGGAAAUGUAUGAUAUUGUUUGUAAUAGGAAACACCCUUCUUUGGAAAUUAAUUAUCAAGAACCAAAAUAUGCAGAAGAUGCAAGUUUCUUUAUGAUGGCAUUAUCAGAAAAUAGUACACAAGUGACUAUGAUGGCAUCCAUUGCAUUCAAUAUUCAAAUUUUAUCAUUAUCCAAGCAACUUACUAACAUUGCCGGUAAUGCUUGGUCUCAUACUUUAGGUGGUACCAGAGCAGGUAGAAAUGAGUACAUUCUUUUGCAUGAAUUCUAUAAUAAUAACUAUAUUGUACCUGAUAGGGAGGAUAAAUUCCACAAGAAUUCAAGUGUGCAACAGGCAGCUUCAAUGGAAGCUACGGAAACAGAUGCUACCACAGCUACAUCGAAUAAAAAACCUAAAUAUCAAGGUGGGUUAGUUUUUGAACCUGAAAAGGGAUUGCAUAAGAAUUUUAUACUUGUGAUGGAUUUUAAUUCUUUAUAUCCUUCUAUUAUUCAAGAAUUCAAUAUUUGUUUCACCACAAUUGAAAGAACUCAGUUCAAUAUAACUCAUGAUGAAGACCAUGAUAUGCCUCAAUUACCUGAAAGAGAUUUGAAUAUGGGUGUGUUACCCAAAUUGUUGAACUCUUUGGUUUCACGUCGUCGUGAAGUUAAAAAAUUAUUAAAGGCUCCAUCAUUGACUAACUUUGAAAGAGCACAAUUUGAUAUCAAACAACAAGCUUUGAAGUUGACAGCCAAUUCUAUGUAUGGAUGUUUGGGUUAUGUGAAUUCUCGGUUUUAUGCCAAACCUUUGGCAAUGUUGGUUACCAACAAGGGAAGAGAGAUUUUAAUGGAUACAAGGCAAUUGGCUGAAUCAAAUGGAUUACGUGUUGUUUAUGGUGAUACUGAUUCGGUCAUGAUUGACACCGGUGUACAAGAUUACAAGGAAGCGUUCAUGAUUGGAGAGAAAUUCAAAGUUCAAGUUAAUGAAAGAUAUCGAUUGUUAGAAAUUGAUAUCGAUAAUGUUUUCAAGAGACUUUUACUUCAUGCGAAGAAGAAAUAUGCUGCAAUGAACGCUAGCAUUAACAAGAAAACUGGCGAAGUUGAAGCUUCAUUGGAAGUUAAAGGUCUUGAUAUGAGAAGACGUGAAUAUUGUCAAUUAUCCAAAGAUAUUUCAACUUUUGUAUUGGAGAAAAUUUUAUCUGAUCUUGAUCCAGAACAGUCUCUUAGUGAAGUGUAUGAUUACUUGGAAGAAAUGAGCUUGAAGAUCAAGAAUAAUGAAAUUAAUAUCAACAAGUUUAGGAUCAAUACGCGUUUGUCUAAAGAUCCAAAGAAUUAUCCCAAUGGGAAAUCAAUGCCUCCUGUUCAGGUAGCCCUUCGGUUACGGGAACAAGGGAAAGUUGUUAAGGCAGGAAGUGUCAUCACCUAUGUUAUAACAGCUCCCCCAUCAGAGAGAAAUGACGAUAGUAAUAGCAUGGUUCAAUCACCUGCUGAAAGAGCAAGAGCUAUACAAGAAGUGGUCAAGCCAAAUUCUGGGUUCAAGCCUGAUGCAGCAUUCUAUUUAGAGAAGCAGAUCUUUGCACCAGUGGAAAGGUUAAUUGAACGUAUUGAAGGAGUUGAUAUGAUGAGGAUUGCUAGUGCCUUAGGAAUAGACACUAAACGGUAUGUGAAUAGAUUAAGAAACUCAGAGACAGUAGGAGGAGAAAUUGCACCAUUGGAAUCUGGAAUUUCAGAUGCUGAAAGAUUCAGACAAUCCAGUUAUUUUGUUAUUAAUUGUCCUUCUUGUGAGAAAGCCUUUAGAUUUGGGGGAAUUCUUGCUUCAAAGGAUUAUAAGGUUACUUUCAAUGGGAUUCAAUGUACUGAAUGUGAUCACAUGUUUAGCGUUCUUGAGAUCAAUUCUCAACUUGAGGUCACUCUUCGACAACACAUUUCCCUCUAUUACGCGGGGUGGCUAGUGUGUGAUGACUCUGCUUGUGGAAUUCAAACAAGACAAAUUUCAGUGUAUGGGAAACGAUGUCUUGGAAGUUCUGGUAAGGCUCAUGGAUGUAAAGGUAUUAUGAGAUACAAAUACAGUGAUAGAGCCUUAUAUAAUCAACUUUUAUAUUUCGAUGCGAUUUUUGAUGUUGAUAAGGCUAAACUGGGUCAAUUACGUCCUAUUUAUGAUCCAUUUGCGGCUAAUCCUCCCUCAAAAUUACCUGGAGGACAAAUUGAUGCUCUUGCUGAACAGAAUCGGAUUUAUUUUGGCUAUUCAAAAGAAGUGGUUCAAAAGUAUUUGGGAUCUUGUGGACGUAGGUACGUCAAUAUGGGUGCACUAUUCGAGUUUAUGAGUUGA